AAUAUUAUUAAUAUGUGCUGAGUUAUCAAUCCGGUCAUUAAUCUCCAAAAAAAACUAAAUAAAAGUACUGGAUUUCGUAACGUGUUUUAAAAUGCCAAGACUAUAUACUAGGAAGACUGAAAAAGGAAAAUGGACUGCAGAACAACUACAAGCGGCUAUACUUGCCUUUAACUCAGGUCGAAAAAUUCGUGAUGUUGGUCGAACUUUUGGCAUUGCAGAAUCAACACUUCGGAGUAGACUAAAAAAUCAAAAUUUUAUUAAACCUAAACUUGGUAGAAAACCAACAUUUUCGUUUGAGGUUGAAAAAGAAUUAACGAAUCAUGUACUAAAACUGUCUAAAUACUUUUAUGUUUUAACACCGACUGAAUUAAGACGACUUGCUUAUGAAUAUGCUGUUGCAAAUGACAUUGAACAUAGAUUUUGUAGCUCAACAAAAUCAGCUGGAUAUGACUGGCUAGGACUAUUUUUAAAAAGAAAUCCCGAAAUAAGUUUAUGCACUCCAGAAGGUACCAGUUUAAACAGAGUUUCAUCAUUCAAUGAAACUAAUGUACGAUUAUUUUAUAAAAAUCUAGAGGAAACGAUGGACAAGUUCAAACUGAAUGAUAAAUGUACUCGAAUUUUUAAUGUUGACGAAACAGGAAUUACAACUCUUCAAAAACCAUCAAGGAUUUUGGGUCCAAAAGGCCAAAAGCAAGUUGGGUCAAUAAUAAGCUGGGAACGUGGCAAAAAUGUUACAGUUGUUUGUUGUAUGAAUGCUGCAGAUUCAUUUAUUCCACCUAUGUUUAUAUACCCAAGGGCUAGAGUUAGUCAAUUGUUAGGUAGAGGUGGUCAAACUGGCUCUUUAUACGAAUGUUCAAAGAAUUGAUGGAUUACAACUGAACUAUUUUUUAAAUGGAUGGAACACUUUGCUUAAGUUGUCAAACCAACAACGCUGGAUCCAGUUAUGUUAAUAUUUGAUAAUCAUACCAGUCAUAUUUCUAUUGAAAUUUAUAACUUUUGCAGAUCAAAUGGCAUUUGUAUUGUGACUUUACCGCCACAUACAUAACAUAAAUUGCAACCACUUGAUUUAACUUUUUUUGGACCUCUGAAAACUACCUUUAAUCGUGAAUGUGACUUAUUUUUAAAAGCCCACCCACAUGAAAAAAUAACAAUGUAUGAUUUGGCUUCAAUUUUUAAUAAAUGUUAUACUAAAGUUGCAACAAUGGACAAAGGGAUAUCGGGAUUUAAUAGCGCCGGUAUUUUCCCAUUGAACACUGAUAAAUUCACAGCCGAUGACUUUGCACCUGCGCAAGAGUUACGUGAGGUAGAAAAAGAGUUUACUUUUGAAUAUUUAGAAAACGAACUUGUUAUUUCUGAAACUCAACGCUGCACUCAGCAAGGUAAUGAGAACGACCAAAAAAACUUUUCUUUGGAACGUGAAUUACAGUCAAUUGAAGAAGACUUUAAUUUUCCAAGUGUACAGGAUAAAUCAACAAGUAUACAUGAUACACUAGGAAUAGUUCAAAUAAAUGAUCUCCCAUCAACAUCAACUGGUAUUUAUCAUACAUGUAUUGAACAAUUAUGUCCAAUACCAAAAGUAAAUACCACAUCAACUAAAUGUACAUCACGCAAACGUAAAUCCAUCGUGUUGACAGACACGUCUAUGAAAUUAGAAUUGGAGCAAGCAAAAGAAAAACAGGAAAUGGCAAAAAAAAAAAAUAAAACAAGAAAAGUUAGUAAGAAAAAAAGAAAAUUCCAAACAAAAUAAAGUAAAGGUAAUUAAAGAAAAAGCACAACUUAACUCAAAAAAGAAUAAAAAACAAUCAACGGCUGUAAAAUCAAAUAAAAUUAAACGUGAUGGUAAACGUCAGCUUAACUUCAACACCAUUCUAAGUGAUGAAGAAACAGAUGAAAAUUAUUCCCAACAAAAAUGUGUAGUUUGUGGAGAAUUUGGUCUCAAUGAAGUAUGGUAUCGCUGUAGAAAAUGUGGACUUUGGGCACAUGCGUUGUGCACAUCAGCAAAUAGCCCUGCUUCGUAUAUUUGUGAUUUUUUUCAAUAAGUUCCUAUCUAAAACUAAAAGACUAUGUUUUUAAUUAAGUUCUACAUUUUUUAAUUUAAAAGUUAUGUUUUAUUUUAUAUUGUUAAAGGUUUCAAAGAUUAAUUAUAUUUAUGUUUUUUAAUAACUAUAAAUUAUUCUAAUUUACCUAUUUUUUUUUUAAAUUUUAUUAUACUCUUAAGAUUUUAA